AUGAAUUCGGCUCCGGAAAUGCCUGUAGAUCGGCAUUGUCUCCGAGUAGAUACUUCAAAGUUGAGACUUCAGAUUGAGAGGAGACUUGGCCGGCAGAAGGCAGAGAAAUAUUUUAAUCUAUUGAAUAUGUUUCUAAGUCUCAAGCUUAGCAAAAGAGAGUUUGAUAAGCUCUGUAUUGGGUUGCUGGGGAGAGAGAACAUCUCUCUUCAUAAUGGGCUUAUUCGAGCAAUUAUCAAGAAUGCAAGUGUUGCCAAGACACCUCCACCUAAAAGCAGCAAGGCCCAAGCUCCACUGAGUGUUAAAGUGCUGAACGGGUAUCAAAGAAGUAGCCUUCAAUCGAUCUGUAGAGACACAUUUCCUCAAUCUCCUAGGAAGGGUAGAACUCCCACCCCUCGAGAUCGCAAAUUCAAGGACAGGCCAAGCCCACUCGGGCCACACGGGAAGACCCACAAUGUGGUUUGUGAAGAUACAAUGCCUAAGGUUCAAGAGCAACAGAGUGCUACUGAGUUGCUAUCUUUGGGUAGCCGUCCUCCGGUUGAGGUUACGUCUGUGGAAGAUGGUGAAGAGGUGGAACAAUCUGCAGGAAGCCCCGGAACUCACAGUAAAAGCCCUCUUAGAGCUCCUCUCGGCAUCUCUCUUACUGCAGGAGUUACAAGAAAGGUAUUGCUCAAUGACUCACCACCUUCUGAGACCUGCUUUACAACAGGGGAGUUGCCGAAUACCAGUUCUUUGAGGAAGAGGUUGGAACAGAAGUUGAAGACUGAGGGUUUGACUGUUUCGAAGGAUUGUGCAGGCUUGUUAAACAAUGGACUUGAUGUGUAUUUGAAGAGAUUAAUAAAACCCUGUUUGGAUUUAUCUGCUUCGAGGUCUGAACAACACCUGCCCAAUAAAGUUAGCCAUCAGGACAUGUCUGGUAUAAAUAAGAUGGGUUCCACAUAUGUAAAGAAACCAAAUAGAUCAUUUUCUGUGUCAAUGCUGGAUUUUCAAGUUGCCAUGGAGUCGAAUCCCAGGAUACUUGGAGAAGAUUGGCCAGUAUGGUUUGAGAAGGUUUCCUUGUGUGCAUCAGAAUAUCACAUGGCAGAAUAUAAAAGGACAAGGAUACUAUGUAUCUACUUGGUCGCUGUUAAUCAAGUACUACAUCUUGUUGAGCUGCUCAAGUACAAUUUCUUCCAGGAUGAUAUCCUCUUAUUUUCUUUUCGACUUGUAUUCUGUUCGUUAGCUUGUGGGAUUAUCUCAUCUGGAUGGCCUCUCUGA